AUGAAUAAUCUCUUAUUUUCCGCCUUAGUAAUAGCACUUAUCUAUUACUUCUUUUACCUACCCCCAAAGAAAAAUAUUAGUCACCCAUCCCUAACUAAUAAAUAUACUCAAACUGAUGAAACUACUAAGGAAAAUAAAGAGGUGCAAACAGAAUUCAUUACUGAUGAAAAAGUUUUAAAAAAAACUAUUCAAGAGUUAAAAAAACUAAUUAAAGAAGCAGUAGAAACUCACCUAAACUUGGCUAGCAGUUUUCUUACCGAACACUCUUAUCCUGAACUUGCAGAAACUAAAGAAGAAAUUAGAAAGUUAACUCUCAAAAUAGAAGAACUAGACCAAGAGAUUACUAGUCUGGAAAAAUAUAAUAAAGAAGAAAAUAAAGCAAGGAUUACCCAGCGUAGAGAUGAAAAAG